UCUCGAAUAGUGUACGUGUGCUACGGUACGUGUUUCUGUGGUUGUGUACGGUAUCCUGCGCAAUGUUCUGAUUGUUGUUUUCCAGUGAAACGAACAUCCAGCAACAACGUACAUCGUAUAAACGGACCGAUUGCGUACCUGGUGGCUACCUUGUUUAGCGGAACGACAACGUGCAACAGCCGCAAGAAACGGAGAACGGUGUUUGUAGACAGUUACCCGUUUAUCAUUCAACAUCACCCAUCAUCGCCCAGACGAAGCAACUAGUAGCUGUAAAUCUCGAGCCUCGUUUUUCGUCCUUACAACAACCACCGGCGAGUUUGAAGUGAACCCUUCCGUCGAUGGGUGCCGAAAAUCUACCCACACUCCAUCGGGCACGGUUUUAAUUGAUUGAUUAAGAAAGGAUAAGGAUCGGUUGGCGAGUAAAACGAGAAGGUCGUCGCUAAGGCGGCGUAAAUUGGUGGAUCAGCGCCGCGAAGAGAACCUGAAGACUGAGGGGCAGUAGUAUAAAUUUCACCUCAAACAUAAGGAGCGCCGGCAGAGUUGGUGGGCAAGCAACCAACUGGCCUACGCGGUGCUUGCGAAGGCAAAAGAGGACAAAGCGGUGGAGCUUAAACUGGAGGCCAAGAUCUACACGCUAAAUGCUGGCAAAUACAGCAGCUGCCUGUUCUGCUCUUGAAAACGAGCGGCUCGCACCAACGAACGAAGGUCGUCCGUCAAGGCGGUGAAAUUAAUAAUAAUUAUAUUUUAAUUAAAUCAUCUUGAUUAUCCUCGCGAGAAAGAACAGCAGCUUGAACGAGGCCUUGAGAGCGAUUUCUUGGAACAAGUGGACGCUGAUUUGCACGCGAAAGCAGCCGGUGAAUUUCACCUGAAAAAGCUUGUGCCGAAAUACGGACUCUUGCGGUGCUGCACGAGAACAUCCGACGAACGAUGAACUUUGACUGAAUACGUACGUGCCAGAAAACCAGUGUAAUAUCCAAAAAACCCUGCGACGCAGGAGUGUGCAGGACUGAGCUUGACAUCUCGUCCAACCCGAAGGUCGCGCCACUCUACUGAUGCCGUGCGAAGGAGUGCGCAGCGCGUAUCCCGUUUGUUUUGUUGGCGUGUUAUCCCUUCGUUCCGGUGGCAGUUGCGUUCGGGAUCCGAUCCCCGCCCGAGCAGCAGCAGCCUGCCAGUGUGAGUUGUCCGCGAGUGCCGAGGUGUAGAGCGCUGCUCCGCCCCAGAAUGACUGCAGCGGGCGCGAGCCAACAGUGCGAGCACAAAGUGACCGGUAGGAACGGUGGCAGCCGUAGUAGGAAUCCCUCGGCGCACCAUUCCACCACGUUGUCGUCGUCGUCCCGAUGGUCCGAAGCAGAGGCGCACAGUCGACGGGUCGACAUUCCUGGCGAUAGUAGCAUCAGAGUCGCUGCCGGCGGAUAUCCGAUGCUGGAUGGAGUGGACUCUCAAUUCCCGGUGCAGCUGCACGAACCGCGGGGGUCCUCCCUUGACGCAUCGAAUUUUUCCGUGCUUAAGUAUGGACCGCGUUCACCGGAACGCAGUCACGGUGGCAGUAGUAGUGACGGCGAGUGCUCCAGUGCCCACACGCCGACGCCACGACGACGGAGGAGGCACCGGAGGAAUGGCCAGGCAGCGCCACCGAACCACUCGCACCUCCACCACCACUAUCACUAUCACCGAGCCGGUCCGUGGAGUCGCCUCUUCCAGCUUCAAUUAGUGCUAGCGUUAACGGUAGUUUUAGUAUUUAGCGGUAUCGAUUCCGCGGUUCACUGUGAUGAAAAUGUAACGAUCGGUGCAAGUGCCAGCCAACAGCAGCGGGGGCUGCUCGGUAGCCUGCUUCAUUCUUCCACGGCGGGCGGCGGCGGCGUCGUUGUCCCCGCCGAGGCGCUCAACAGUGUCAACGAGCGGCAGGAGGACGGCGGCGAGCUGGACGGGGCGCGCCACUUCACGCACCACUGGGCCGUGCACAUACCGGACGGCGAGCAGGCCGGGCUGGCCGAACGGGUGGCGGCCGAACACGGGUUCAUCAAUCGUGGAAAGAUUUUCCACGAUCACUAUCACUUCGAGCACAGCCGUCUGCACAAGCGGUCGCUGAGUCCUUCAAAUCCGCACCAGCAACGGCUGGAGGCGGACAGUCGGGUACGAUGGGCCAAGCAGCAGCGCGCGAAAUCGCGACAGAAGCGCGACUUUCGCCCGCUGGAAAAGUAUCAGGUGCCCAUUCAGCUGAACGAUCCCAAAUGGCCCGACAUGUGGUAUCUGAAUCGUGGCCCCGGGCUCGACAUGAACGUGAUUCCGGCGUGGAGAGAGGGCGUCACGGGGACGGGCGUAGUCGUGACGAUUCUCGACGAUGGCCUCGAAUCGGACCAUCCCGAUCUGGAGCACAACUACGACCCGAAAGCGUCGUACGACGUAAACAGCUCCGACAACGACCCGAUGCCGCACUACGACCUCACCGAUUCCAAUCGCCACGGGACCCGAUGCGCCGGAGAGGUCGCGGCCACGGCCAACAACUCCAAGUGCGCCGUCGGCAUCGCGUACGGGGCGCGGGUCGGCGGAGUACGGAUGCUGGACGGUGACGUGACGGACAUUGUGGAGGCGCGCUCGCUCGGUCACAACUCGCAGCACAUCGACAUCUACAGUGCGUCCUGGGGCCCGGACGAUGACGGCAAAACGGUGGACGGGCCGGGCGAGCUGGCGACGCGUGCCUUCAUCGAGGGUGUGCGCAACGGGCGCGGCGGCAAGGGCUCGAUAUUCAUCUGGGCGUCGGGCAACGGGGGCCGGGAGCACGACAACUGUAACUGUGAUGGCUACACCAACUCCAUCUGGACGCUUUCGAUAUCGUCCGCUUCGCAGGAGGGCCGAGUGCCUUGGUUUUCGGAGAUGUGCAGCUCCACGCUGGCCACGACGUACAGCAGUGGCAAUACGAACGAAAAGCAGGUAAUCACGACGGAUCUCCAUCACACCUGCACCUCGUCCCACACGGGAACCUCGGCUUCGGCCCCGCUGGCGGCCGGUAUUGCGGCCCUUGUCCUGGAAGCCAACCGUAAUCUAACCUGGCGUGAUCUACAGCAUAUCGUCGUCCGGACGGCGAAGCCCGGAAACCUGAACGACCCCAACUGGUCCGUAAACGGCGUCGGUCGCAAGGUGUCACAUUCGUUCGGCUACGGCCUAAUGGAUGCCGCGGCCAUGGUCCGAUUGGCUCGCACCUGGAAGACCGUCCCGGAGCAGCAGCUCUGCGAAAUCAAUGGCCGUCAUCUGGACAAACAAAUACCGCCUCGCACCAAAGUCACGCUGCAGCUCAACGUGGAGCACUGUAUGGGCGUGAACUAUCUCGAGCACGUACAGGCCAAAAUCACCCUCACCUCGCAGCGCCGGGGGGACAUCAAAAUAUUCCUAACCUCGCCAUCCGGGACGCGAGUCACUCUGCUGACGCCGAGAUCCCACGAUUUGUCACGCUCCGGGUUCAAUCAGUGGCCGUUCAUGUCGGUGCACACUUGGGGCGAGGCACCCCACGGUACCUGGCAGCUGGAGAUUCAUAAUGAAGGCCGUUUGUUAGGGUACUCGGUGAUACGGGGCUGGUCGCUGCUGCUGUACGGUACGAGCAUCCCGCCCGACCCGAACGAUCCGCCAAACGUACCGAAAACGUUCUCGACGCCGCCACCGCCCCUACCACCGAUCCUGCCGGCUACCGGCUUCAACGGCUACACGGUCAGUGGAGGAUCAAAGAAUUACUACUCCCCCGCAUCUUCUUCGUCGUCGUCAUCGUCGGCGGCGGGGGCCUCUUCCACUGGCGUCGCCUCCGUUCCGUCGCCGUCUUCCUCAUCGUCGUCGGGUACGAAACCGAACCGCAAACAGCAACAACAGCUCCAGUAUCAGACCCAAUACCACCAGACCGGCUCGUCGGUUUCGGUGCAGUACGGCAUGACGCCGGCCUACACCAGUGGCACGGGCGGCAACGGCGGGCAGCGAGGGAAGAGCAAAACCAACAAAAAUAAACCGAACAAGAACUCAUCGAAAACCACAACCGCAAGGCCUACCUCGCUCAACAGCCCACCGCAGACCACGGUGAACCUGUAUCUCAGCAACUACGGUAGCGGAAGCUCCAGUUCCGGUGGUGGUGGGGGUGGUCGAAAAAAUCCCUCCUCUAAACAGAAACCACCGCCACCGCUGCAAACUAUUAAUUACGGUAAAGGAGACAAGUACCACGCGGCCACAUCGAACAUCCAGGACAAGCAGAUUGCAAUAAAGGCACCCAAGCAGGUCAAGCAAAACGGUUUCCAAUCGCCUCCGAAGUCCACCUCGGCGUCCUCCUCCUCGUCGUCCACCUCACUGAUGACCGGUGGUCGGAAAACCGCAUCCCCCGGCACAACGGUCACCGUCGGGGGUCUCGGUACAUCAACAACGCUGUCAUCUUCCUCGAUCGUAUCGACAUUAUCGUCAUCUUCCUCAUCAUCGUCGUCAUCAUCGUCAUCCAGUAUAGGUUCCGGGGGAGCAUCCACGGUUUCGCUCGCCGGCUACGGCGGUACCACAGUGACCGCAAGCCCCACCUAUCACGACCGCUACCCGGCCGCAUCCUCCAUCAACGCACGCAUACCGAAGGUCUUUCAGCAGUACGACAAAAUACAGCAGUUCUACCCGGAACUGCAGCCCUACUCGUCCAUCCGGGACGAGCACGAUCAUCACCUGCUGCUCGCUGGAGGUCCCCAACUUCCACCCGGUGCCACCAACAACCAAGCGUCGCCACCUUUGCCGCCACCCGUCGUGAAGCUUCCCACCGGUUCCGGUUCUGCCGGAACCACCUUCCAAACCCAAUCCGCCAGUAGCGGUAGUAGCAAAACGACUGCAACGGCCGCCAAACUGCCCGGCCCACCCGGAAUGACGGCCGGUGGCAGUAGCACCCUCCUAUCGGCCGCGCCUUCGCUCGGCAAACCGUCGCGUGCAAAUGCCAAAAUUUUCUUCCCAGACUCCGACAUCAUCGACGCGAUACCGCGCAAGAUCUCGUCCAGCCUGCAGCCGAUGCCACCGUCGUACGUGUCCUCGCCGUACUACAGCCGCACGCAGAGCUCCUUCAUUUCGUCUUCCAACGAUCAGAAGCACGGAAAGGCACAAAUAACGCAGUGGGAUCUCAUUUUCUACGGCACCGAAACACCUGCCCAGCCGAACGAUCCGGUGCGCUUCGGCAAGCCGGGCUACGACAGCAACUACGGUGGCGAGAUGGAACAUAAUGCGCUCGAGUUUGACAGUGGCGUUACGAGCGACCAGUGGCGCGAUAUGCAACAGAUUGGCGAAGGACACGGUGAGGUCCAGCGGACAGCGUCGAACGACGUGACGGCAGUUUCCUGUGCGCGCUUCGAUGUCGCCAGCUGCAUAGUCUGCAAACCCACGUCGUACUUCUACAAGGGACGCUGCUACCUACAAUGCCCGCCGGGGACAUAUCCAUCCACACCGCUUGCGUCGGACGUCAAAGGCCCGCAGGCCGAUCUGGACGACAUCGCGUCGGUCGACCAGAAGCCACUUCCGGCGUCAUCGCUUCGGCGACGACGUCAGCCGGAGAACGGCACCGAACCGGACCAGCGUCCGCGCUGUCUUCAGUGCCAUACGACCUGCCUGCGCUGUACCGGUCCCGAGCCAACCGACUGUACCCAGUGUCAGGCCGCGUUUCGCUUCGAACCAUUACUACCAACCGCAUCCGAGGCGAGUGCCGGCGGCCGCCAACGCAUCUGCGUGUCCAUCAACGACAAACGUCAGCAGCAGCAGACGACGAAGGGCUCGCUAGCGGACGCUAAAGUGACAGGCCGACCCAGUCCGAAGAUGCCACCCGCAGCGCCGGCACUUCCAGCGGGCCAUUCCACCUGGUCGGACUACCUGCUGCCCCUGUUCUUCCUCGGGCUCGUCCUGGUGGGCGCGUUCGGUGUAAUCUACGUGCUGUGGUUGCGCUGCUUUCAGGGCACGCCCGGCAUGGAUGAGUUGGGUGGAUCGGUGGGCGGAGGCGAUGCGGUUGGCCAUGCCAGGAUUCGAUACGAUCGCGUGCAAACCAACGAGGAGGACGGAGCGUACGGCCAUGACGAUAGUGCGGUCAGCAGCAGCGAAGACGAGGACGACCAGGACGGCUCAAUCGAUCCACUUUCCGUUUCGACCACGCAAAUAAUAAUUCCGGACAAGCAAUGAGGGAAAAAAAGGGAGAGACAAGAGGGAGAAUAGACGUUAAACGAAGAGCUUAGUCAGAAUUAGUGCAUUUUAAUGGUUUUAUAACAUUCGGUUUCGCCGUGAAACGCCCUUACUGUUACAUUCUUCGAACAAAUGUAGUGAUUAUUGUAGUGGCUUUACUAUCGCCUUUUAGUAGUGUACGUUUUAAAGAGAAUAAAAUAAAUAUUUUAAUAGG